AUGUCUUCCUUAAAUAAUAAUAGCUCUUCGUUUGCAAGACGAAAACCAGUACCUGUAGUCUCAGAACGAAACCAUGAGGAACCUUCGUUUUCUUCGCAAACCUCAACGUCGCUUUCGAAAACAAAUAAACCAACUGAGCCAAAUUUCUUAAACCAAGCUCCAAGAGCUCCUGCAAAAUCACCGUUAAGGCAUAGCGCUUCAAACGGCUCAGUUAAUGGAAACCAAAAUGCCCCUGCUACACCUAUAAGUGGUUCUGCACAAACUACUAUUGUUCAACCUGUUAUGAGUACAAUGACGAUAACAAGCACAUCAUCUGUGCAAAUUCAAAGUACUUCUAAUUCUACAAAUACAUCGAAAACUCCCACUAUACGUUCACGUCCCUCUGUAGAUACUACUUCGUUACAUUCUGCAUUUUCUUUGGAACGCGAAUUACCUUCCUUGCCAAAUGAACGGAUUAAUAAAGAAUAUGAAGGUUCUAUUAAAUCACUUCAAACGAUUAAUUCAAAGAAAAAUGGUUCAGAACAAAGUUUCCAGAUCGCAAACUCCCCCACCUCAAUAGGAUUUCCUACACCUUCAGACAUAAAUAACAGCAAUACUUCUCCACCUCAAUCUCCCAAAAUUAAAUUACCAUCAUUAGCUAUUGCCAGCGAUCUGAUCGCUUCUUCUGAAGCUAUACUUUCGUUGAAUACUCCGAAAUUUCCAGGAAGUUCUUUCUUGGACACGGCUGAUGAAAUGUUGAUGCAAAUUUUGAUUUCGCAAUCUGUUAUUGAUUCAAAAGAUUUCGAGAUAUUGAAUUUAGAAGAAGAUCAUUCAUUAUUAACAACUCGCAUCGCAGCAUUAACUUCAAAGCUUUCAUUGGAAUCAAAAAUUCGGGAAGCGGCUAGUUCACUUGCAAGACUUCAUGCGUCCAAUAAAAGGUUGUCAAGACAAGCGACAGAUCAUUUAGCUACGGCAAAUCGUAAAGUAGAUCAAGUUGCGACAGAAUUAUGGAAAUUAACACAACGAGCUGGUGAAGUUCAAAGAAAAUUAUUACAGCAUAUGGCUGGGGUACUUAGCAUUGGAAUACGAAAAUUGGAAGAAAAAAGCUCACAACCUCCUUAUUCACCACAAAAAUCGGUGGAAGAUAGCAACGGAAUUGAUAGUUUAUUUAAUGAAAUCAUGGGAAUUAAUAAUAACAAUGAUAAAAGUAACGUACGGGAUGAUGGUUUGUUGAAAAAAGUUUCAAUUUUGGAGGAGUCAUUAAAUAAUGUUCGUCAGACACUAGUAGAAGCCAGAAUGGCCAUAAAACGAAAGGAUAAAGAAAUUGAAGAACUUAAAGCUAAAGUUGAUGAUACAGCAGCAGAAGCUCGUGAAAGGACAAUAGCUGAAUUAAGAACUGAACUUGAAGAAGUUGGAAGUCGGUUAGACAUUGUAUUAAGAAAACACAAGGCAAAUAAUCGAAAGAAUAAAAAUG